UCUAGAGAUGGUUGGUUAGUUUACAGUUCAGUGUGACUUUUAAACCCAAAGUUUUUUGCUAACCCAUUGUAGCCAUAGUUGUAGACACAUAGUAUGUCACUACGCCUGUAGUUUAUUUUGUUGAUUAUGAACCCCUUCUGUGGGUUCUGAAUCUUAAAUUGUGAUUUAAUGUUUUGUGCAAUCCCAGCUCAUUGUCAAAUAAAUUGGGGGGGGGGAGAGAGAGAGAGACUGAACUCAGCUAAUGUUAGAUAGGCACACUGGAUGCCAAAAUUAGAUAGCUGAAAGAUAGCUUCAUACACAUAUAUCUUGCUCAUAUACUUUGAAAUACUCUGCUGCUGACAAAAUAAUUUUGAACAGAACAGAACAGAACAGAACAGAAUAGAAUUCUUUAUUGGCCAGGUGUGAAUGGACAUACAAGGAAUUUGUCUUUGGUGCAUAUGCUCUCAAUGUACACAAAAAGACAAGAUACAUUCGUCAAGAAUCAUAAGGUACAACACUUAAUGAUAGUCAUAGGGUACAAAUAAGCAAUCAGGAAACAAUAUCAAUAUAAAUCGUAAGGAUACAAGCAAUAAAGUUACAAUCAUGCAAUCAAGUGGGAGGAGAUGGGUGAUAGGAAUGAUGAGAAGACUAAUAGUAAUUGUAAUGCAGCUUUAGUGAAUAGUUUGACAGUGUUGAGGGAAUUAUUUGUUUAGCAGAGUGAUGGCAUUUGGGAAAAAACUGUUCUUGUGUCUAGUUGUCUUGGUGUGGAGUGCUCUAUAGCGUCGUUUUGAGGGUAGGAGUUGAAACAAUUUAUGUCCAGGAUGAGAGGGGUCUGUAAAUAUUUUCACAGCCCUCUUUUUUAAACAUUUUUAUUUAUAACACAACACAAUGUAACAAACACAAAAUACAUAAUAUAAGUUCCCUUUUUACAACUGUUUCGUAACAGUCAUCUUCUUACAGCCCUCUUUUUGACUCGUGCAGUAUACAGGUUCUCAAUGGAAGGCAUGUGGUCCUGCAGUCCUUACCUUGUGAGCGAAAGGAUUAAUGAUGUGUUUGAGAAUUCUAAUGAUGGCAGUGUUUCUGUUUUCAUGUGAUUCUGAUCCUAGCUUUUUGGUGCCUGUCCCCAAAGUUAGGGUCAGAAUCACAUUGUUGCAGUUACAUGAUUGCAGUUUGCAAUCAAACACAACAAUGAUGAAACCAGCAGGAAGUCAGAAGUUCCAGAGAUUUGAGGUUCUCACUUAAUAACUCAUAUAGUCCUCACUUUAAAAUGUUAGCUAUAUAAUAAGAAUUGCUCUUGUUAUAUAACACCGUCAUGUGAUAUUAUACUUUAUGACUGCAUCACAGCGAUAGCAAUUCUGGUUCCAUUGCCAUUGAACUAACUGAAUAUUGUAAAUUGGAGAAACAAGCAAAUGCUUCCUUGAAUGCAGAAGGCAGUUGUCUGCUGUCAGACAGGAAAACAAGACAUAGUUUGAUUGAUAGAGUUGGGAUGAAGCUAGAAAUUCUUGUAUUUAGCAUUAUUGGACUAUAGAUACUUGACAUGCUCAUUUAGAGGCCUAGCUAUAUUCACACAACUCAUUAACCAGUUUUAAGUGAACCAUUGUCAGUUGUCAAUGUUCAAAAAGUACAUUGAAGCAUAGAUCAUACUGGCUGAAAUAACACAAUACAUUAAGACACAAACCCAAAUGAAGGUAUAGUCAUUGAUACUGGUUUGGUUCAACCUAUUAGACUAGGCUAAAUUUGUGUAUGUUUCACAAUGUUCUUUCCACUUGAAAUGGGGAAAAUUGUUAAAGGAGGAUGGCUACUUCUGUUCUAAUAAGAACAGACUUCAGUGUCUUCAGUUUUCUGACAGUAAGUAAUAGGAAGUAAGCAGGCUGUGUUUGAAACAUUCCAUUAGUGUUGGUGUUACCACUUCUUGCAUCCAGAGUGCAACAAGCCCAAAUUAUGUCCUAUGUUAGGACAUUUUUUUUAAAUGUUGCAAAAGCUGGGCUCUCUUACUACACUAAAUAUUUGCUUAAGUAUGAUUAAUUGACCAAACUGCAAUUGGCUUAGCCUUUGUGCCAUUAAAUAACAAAAAUGUUGGAUUAGAUGUGAGUUGAGAGGUCUGUGAUAGGAAUUUCCUGAUGUUUUCCUGGCCCAAAUAGAUGGGAACUUUGGGUCAUGUGGCCCUUGACCAAAUUGCAAAAUCAUUUUCCUAGUAAUCAUUAUGACUUGGAUCAAAACAAUCUGUCUCUUGUGCUGGCAGCCCACUAGGCAGGAAGUAAGAGGGAGGGAGGGAGAAGCAGAUGUAAAAAAAACAGGGCUGGCAGAAAAACAGUAAGGGGAAAAGGUGGCUAUGUUCACCCUAGUCCAGGGGUGUCAAACUCACGUCAUGACGGCAUCACGUGACGUAUUGGGACUUUUUCCCCUUUGCUAAAAUGGGAGUGGCAUGGCCAGCACAUGAUGCAUCCGGCCCUUGGGCUGGGAAUUUGACAGUCCUGCUCUAGGCUAUGCUUUCCCUAUCACAUAAUCCUAUGAAAUCACAAUGCUCAUUCAGGUUUAAAACCAGUUAGCAGGAAAGCCAAGUUUCAGUCAAGUCAUGGUGAUGGGCUGAAAAGCUAAUCUUUUAUUCUAGAGUUAUGUUCCUCGUUUUCAUUUUAUGAAACUUAUAAAUCACAAGAGAUUAGAAGAAUAGGGGAGAACUAGAAAAGUUGAAUCAAUCUACAGAUGAUAUUAAUCGGAGAGAAAUGGAGCUUGAGGACGCACGUCAGAAAUUCCGUUCAAUUCUGGUGGAAGCUACAAUAAAACUAGAUGAACUUGUGAAGAAGAUUGGAAAAUCUGUAGAAGAUUCAAAGCCUUACUGGGAAGCCCGAAGGGUUGCCAGGCAGGCUCAACUAGAGGCUCAGAAAGCAACACAGGAUUUUCAGAGAGCAACAGAGGUGCUACGGGCUGCUAAGGAAACCAUUUCUCUUGCAGAACAGAGGCUGCUGGAAGAUGAUAAACGUCAAUUUGAUUCUGCAUGGCAAGAAAUGCUUAAUCAUGCCACCCAGCGGGUUAUGGAAGCAGAGCAGACAAAAACUAGAAGUGAACUUGUACAUAGAGAAACAGCAGCCAAAUACAAUGCUGCCAUGGGCAAAAUGAAACAGUUGGAGAAGAAGCUGAAAAGAGCUAUCAACAAAUCCAAGCCUUAUUUUGAACUCAAAGCAAAAUAUUAUGUACAAUUAGAGCAAUUAAAGAAGAUAGUGGAUGAUCUGCAAACAAAUUUGGCUUUGGCAAAGGGUGAAUACAAAACAGCCUUGAAGAACUUGGAGAUGAUCUCUGAUGAGAUUCAUGAGAGGCGGCGAGCUUCAUCAAUGGGGCCCAGAGGAUGUGGUGUUGGAGCUGAAGGCAAUAGUACUUCAGCAGAAGACCUUUCAACAUGCAAGUUAGAUUCAGAUAAUGUUUCCAUGGCAUCAGAAGUAUUUGAGGAUGACAACUGCAGCAGCUUUGUGUCUGAAGAAGACUCUGAAACUCAGUCUCUAUCUAGUUUCAGUUCUGGUCCAACAAGCCCUUUUGAUAUACCAGCUCAGUUUCUUCCAAUGACUCGACCUAAAAGCUUGGAUUUGUCUAGCCCUAUAUCACUAUCUGAAUUUGGUGCAUUUCCUCUAUUAGGACCUCGCAGUGAAUGUAGUGGGGCAUCCUCUCCUGAAUGUGAAAUUGAAAGAGGAGACAGGGCAGAAGGAGCUGAGAACAAGAUACUUGACAGAGUGAACAAGAACAAGAGUGUAGGCAGCAGCUCUUCUUCUAGUGGCCCAGUGCUGGACAAUCAGUUGAAGCAACUUUCCUUACAAUGCCUGAAAGUCAAGGAUGGAGUUUGUGCAGACAAACAAAUAGUACAAAUUGGGUGAAGUAACAUCCAUGGGCUAAUGAGGAGUUAAUUUAUUUAUACACAAAUGUUUUCUGAUUGUCAGAACCUUGUGCCAACAAGUAAUAUGUGCCAAAUUUUUAACUCUUAACUGCACAAUAAAAGCUUACAUAAUUGCUGAGGGCUAAAAUAUGUGCAUUGAAAUAUGUAACAGAAAUCUUGGUCAGGACAGAAAUUGUAAAGGACAGAAAUACCAACCCUUAAGAUAUUUUGUAAUAGUUUGGAAGAAGCAAGAGCUAACAUGAAUCCUCUGUGACGUUUAGGGCAUUCUGGCAGUCAGAGCAAAGCCAGGUUGGGAGGAUUAGCUGUUAUCUUGUUUGUAAUUUGAGCUGCUGUUUAAUGCCAUAAAAUUCCAGGAUGCUAGCAGCAUACCCAUUGAAAUACCUUAUAUUGUGUUUGGGUUACCAAAGGAAGCUGCUGCAUGUAACAGAAUUUAAGAAUUCAGUCUUGCUAUAGAUUCAUGAGUGGUGAUACAUUAUACCUCAAAGGUAAUCAAAAUGUUAAUACUGGUGCACAGGAUCCCUUUAGCUUUUUAAAUGGGGAGAGGAUGGAGAUAGGACGUAGUUUUGAUUUAUAUAUAUUAUGAUCAAAAUGAAAUGGUCAGUGAAAACAUUAAUGCAGGAUACCACUUUGUUGUGAAGUACCAAUCAUGAUAAUCACCAAGCAUAGACAGGAAGAUUCUCCCACAUCCCAUCAACUAAAAAAGAGAAAUGUGCAUGAAUGGAAUAGUUGCCAUAGCAUUGAUAUGGGGAACAUUUUCUAGUAUUUCUGCAUUAUAAAGUAUAGCAUUUCAGGAGUAGUUAAAAAGAGUUAGAAGUUAGUAUUCUUUACGUAAAAAUAUAAAUAAGAUGGAAAGGAAGCUGAAGCAUGUAAGCCACAGCUAGUAGAAAUUGGAAUUUAUGCUAGUAAGAAAUAUUUAAAAGCAUAAAGUUGCUUUAGUAAACUAGUUAACUAGCAGUUAACAUUUCUAAAAAUUGGCCUAGGUCAUCUUUAAUGAACGUAUUUUUUGAGCAUUACUGAUUAGCAAUAACCCUUUCAGUAUUUUUUAAAAAUUGGCUUAAUUUUGUUUUAUUUUGUCAAUGUUAUGUGUAUAUUCUUAAAACAAAUGUAAAGAUUAUUUCACACGAAGUCUCCUCUGCCCUUUUUGUUUUCAUGUGUAAUAUGGUUAUUUUUAAUCUUUACAACUUCAUUCUUCAAAUAUAUAUAUGUUUUCCAUAUAUGUUUUGGUUAUACUUUGGCUGAGGAUCUUUGCAAGGAACAAUUGAAAUGGUAAUAAUAAAAUGACAACUAGAAAUGUUAGUAGUAAGUCUGUGUCUGUGUAUAGGUACUACCUGUAAUAAAAUUCAAAGUUUAGGGAUUACCUUUAUAAAAACUAUGAGAUACAAAAUUAAACAGUUUUGUUUCAUGAA